UCGUGGGCCUGAUUCCUCCUCCCUCGCUCUGUUUCCACAGCUGGUCAGCGAGAAGGUUGGAGGGGCUGAAGGGACCAAGCUCGACGAUGACUUCAAGGAAAUGGAAAAGAAAGUGGAUCUGACCAGCAAGGCGGUUACAGAAGUGUUGACCAGGACCAUCGAGUACCUCCAGCCGAACCCAGCUUCCAGAGCCAAGCUGACCAUGCUCAACACCAUGUCCAAGAUCCGCGGGCAGGUGAAGAACCCCGGCUACCCGCAGUCGGAGGGGCUCCUGGGGGAGAGCAUGAUCCGUUACGGAAAGGAGCUGGGCGACGACUCCAACUUCGGUGAUGCCCUUCUUGAUGCUGGCGAAUCUAUGAAGCGGUUGGCUGAAGUGAAGGACUCGCUGGAUAUUGAAGUCAAACAAAAUUUUAUUGAUCCCCUCCAGAACCUGUGUGACAAAGACCUGAAAGAAAUCCAGCACCAUCUCAAGAAGCUGGAAGGCCGACGCUUGGACUUUGACUACAAGAAGAAACGCCAGGGCAAGAUCCCCGAUGAGGAACUUCGACAGGCCAUGGAGAAGUUUGAAGAGUCCAAGGAAGUAGCUGAGACCAGCAUGCACAACCUCCUAGAAACUGAUAUCGAGCAGGUGAGCCAGCUCUCGGCCCUGGUGGACGCCCAGCUGGACUAUCACCGGCAGGCCGUGCAGAUCCUGGACGAGCUCGCCGACAAGCUCAAACGCAGGGAGCAGCUGCACAACCCGUUUGCCACGACAGUGUCCUCCAUCCUGCUGCAUUCAUCCCUCCCUGGUCCCGGCGAGGCGGAUGGGUCUCUAACGCAGCAUGCGGGAUACCCUGUUUCUCCUAACAGAUCCUCCCUUUGGGGCCUGCCUUUCCCGCUCUCCCGUUCCCAUCGUUUUAAGCAUGUCUCUUUUUGUUUGGAAGCAGCUUCCUCCUCUUUCCGAUCCGACAAGCCGUCCCGCGCCUCCGUCAGGAGUAUCCCUCCCCUGGACCAGCCCUGCUGCAAGGCCCUGUACGACUUCGAGCCCGAGAACGACGGCGAGCUGGGCUUCAAGGAGGGCGACAUCAUCACCCUCACCAACCAGAUCGACGAGAACUGGUACGAGGGAAUGAUCCACGGGCAGUCGGGCUUCUUCCCGCUCAACUACGUGGAAGUGCUGGUUCCAACCUUUUUAACGUUUUUAACCGUGCAUGCGGCCGUGCGUCCCGUCCCGUCCCCUCAUCCUCCUCCCCCUGCAUCCCGGCGCCGCGGGGAGCCCGAGGGACCCGUGUCCCCGUGUCCUGGCCAGCGCCAGGACGGCGCCGCGGGAGCUGCAGCUCCCGCUCCCGUGGAUUGA